AUGAUUUGUACAAUUCGCGAAAUUAAAGAUUGGAUGAAAGAUGCAGGAACACCGCUCAAAGUAUUGAGAAUAUCGAACGGCAAUAAAAAUAAUAAAGCAGUAUGGAUUGAUGGUGGCAUCCAUGGAAAUGAAUGGAUAACUACAUCUGUAGUUACGUACAUUGCAAAUGAAUUGAUCAAAAAUUGGAAUGCAACAGAUGUUCAAAAUAUCAAUUGGUAUAUUUUGGCCGUACAGAGUCCGGAUGGUUACAAAUAUGCUUAUGAGUCGGAUCGAUUUUGGCGAAAGAAUCGUACACCGACUGGCCAAAGCGAUUCCAUUGGGAUUGAUUUGAAUCGAAAUUACGAUUUCAAAUGGGGUGAAAGCGAUAGCGUUGGUAAUCCAAAUGACGAUACCUACGGUGGUAAAUCUGCCUUUUCUGAACACGAAACAUCGUCCAUUAAAACGUUCAUUCUCGAAACAAUGAAGGGAAAAUUCAGCGCUUUCAUCAGUUUUCAGGGUUAUGGUCAAAGUGUUAUGUACCCUGGAGGUAAUGAUGAAGAUUGUGAUAGUGUAGAAAAAGCUGCUAUACAAGGUGUAAAGCGCAUGAAAACAGUUGACAACCUAAAUUAUAAAGUUGGAACAUCACAGUCACUGUUCAAUGCUUCGGCAGCAGGUGCAGCAAGCGAAUGGGCCAAAAGUGUUGGCAUUAGGUACAGUUAUACAGUUAAUUUGCGUGACACUGGACGUUAUGGUUCCCUUUUACCGCCCAGGUUUAUCGAAACCACAGCCAAAGAAGCAAACGCAUUUGUCUUGGCCGUAUUGGAAGCCAUAAUUGGUGAGUCCAGAUAG